AUGCCUCUCGAUAAGCUUGUUACUGCCCUGGGUGAUAUUGCUUCUCUCGCCACCCUUCUCUUUGGGACAUUCGUUUCUGCUCAGAACAAUUACUCGGCCUUGCCAGUAAAAUACUUGCUGACCAGCAAUCCCGUCACUCCUCUUCCCCAAGGAUUUCCGUGGGCCGACAAGACUGCUAACAAUACCAAUCCUUACACAAAUCCACCAAAUACUGGGGUGAUUCGAAGCUAUGAUUUCACUGUUCAGAGAGGCAAGGCAUCACCAGAUGGAUAUGAAAGGGAUGUAAUACUUGUGAAUGGUGUUUUCCCUGGUCCUCUCAUCGAAGCAAACUGGGGGGAUACUAUCCAAGUUACCGUCCACAAUGAGAUCACGGGCCCUGAGGAAGGCACUGCACUUCAUUGGCAUGGACUUCUGCAAAAGCAAUCUCAGUGGUUUGAUGGUGUCCCUGGAGUUCAGCAAUGCCCAAUUCCCCCUGGAGGAAGUUUCACAUAUACUUUCUUGGCCGACCUAUAUGGGACUAGCUGGUGGCAUUCACAUUACUCUGCUCAGUACAAUGCUGGUAUUCUUGGUCCUAUGAUUAUUCAUGGCCCUGCAACUGUUCCAUAUGAUAUUGGGCCAAUACUUUUGACUGAUUGGUACCAUCCAGAUUAUUUCUCUUUGGUUGAAGAUGUAACCUCAGGUGAUCUCGACAGAGUGCUCGUGCUAUCUGAUAGCAAUCUUAUCCAAGGAAAAGGAUUUUUCAAUUGCUCAUUAAAGGCUGCCGGUGAUAGCGCUACAUGCAAUGAUAAGAAUUUUGUGGCACCAACUUUCAAACUUACACCUGGCAAAAGGCAUAGACUCAGGCUUAUCAAUGCUGGUACUGAGGGAACUCAAAAGUUUGCAAUCGAUGGGCACACCAUGACUGUCAUUGCGAAUGAUUUUGUUCCUAUCCUACCCUACAGUACUGAAGUCGUUACUUUAGGGGUUGGCCAGCGUGCCGAUGUCAUUGUUCAAGCUCUUCCGCUUGAAAAAUCAGGAUCAUACUGGAUGCGAUCGACACUUGCUGGAUGCUCACUCGCUAGCAACCCCGCAGCCAAAGCAGUGGCUUACUAUGGUUCCACGCCCAAUCUAAACCCCAUCACUAUCGCCUCUGGCUCAUUCAAUAAUUCUGUCGCCAAUGUUUGCGCGAACGAUCCCCUUACCAGCACGACACCUUGGUUUCCAAUUACCCCCGAUCCAAACCCGCCCACAACGCAACAUAUCGAUAUCGCAUUCGGACCAAAUUCGACCGGCAACUACCAAUGGACGAUGAAUAAUUCUUCCUUCCGUGCAAACUACAAUCAUCCUGUUCUUCUUCUCUCCAACCAGGGAAACAACUCAUACCCAGAUAGCCCCGAAUGGAACGUCUACAAUUUCGGCUCCAACAGCUCUUUCCGUAUCUAUAUCACUAACUCGAGUCCCGUUGUCCAUCCUAUGCAUCUCCACGGCCACAAUAUGUUUGUUCUGAAUGAAGGAGUGGGAACCUGGGAUGGACAUACAGUCGUUCGACCAAUAAAUCCUCAACGUCGUGAUGUACAGAUGCUUCAAGCGAGUGGUUACAUGGUAUUACAAGUAACGGCUGAUAAUCCCGGUGUUUGGCCUUUGCAUUGUCAUAUUGCUUUCCAUGUUAGUAGUGGAUUAUAUGUCAAUGUGGUUGAGCGCCCGGCAGAUAUUGCAAACUUGAAGAUUCCAAGUAUUAUGGCACAGACUUAUUGA